CGUAUGUCAAGAAAUUCAACUAAAUGCCUUCAACUUGAUCCUGUAAUUUACAAAAUAUUUUGAAAAAAAUUGUCUUCGAGUUCGAAUCUUAGUGCUGUUAGUUUUAAGUGUAGGUAACUGAAUAGUGAAUUCAAUAUGCAUCCGAAAUUAAAAAGACUCAGUGGACAAGUGUUACAUAAAGGGCUAAAAGCAGGCAAUGUUUAUUCUUCGGUGUUCUGUCAUUCACACACUCCUCAUGUAGGUACAGGCUGAUGUCUCGCAUUUUAGUGCUGGCGUCGAUGCUGGAACGACGCUGCUCGCGGACAUCAACAAAACAAUGUUAUCGAACUCGUAUCACUAUCAGUUAAUCAAAGGACGAUAAUAAUAACAUGAGUUCGUACCGGACUUCUUAAAUUUUCAAUAAAUAAUGCGUACGAAACGCAACAGACCGAUGUUGUGAGUGAUUUGCUAUGAUAUAUUUUUAAAAAUGAGACAUGCAUCCGACCGAAAUGCAAAAAAGUGUAUCAGUGCAAGUAGAUAGUGAUUUUGCCCUUUUACUGCCCAGUGGUGCAUAUGAAAUUAAAAAGAUGGAGCCAAGAUCCAAACUUCGUAAAGUGAUAUUGUUCUGUUUACUACUUUCACUGUUUGGAAUGGUGGCGUUUGGAUAUUUCUGUCCCGAUCAGGUGUGCGCGCUAUCACCAAGGGACCGGGUAUCAGAAUCACUUGCACUGACGUACGCGGAAGCCCCCGGAAGACCACUACCCGAUGUGAUGGCUCAACCCGGUCUGUCAUAUGACGAUGUCUUGCACGACGACUUUAGGUUCGAUCUAAACGCUCACGACGUCAUGGUGUUCUUGCAUAUACAGAAGACUGGGGGCACUUCUUUUGGAAGACACCUUGUUAUGGAUCUGGACUUGAAGAGGCCGUGCAACUGUCAACGGGCGCGUAAACGCUGCCAUUGUUUUCGUCCACACAGCAACGAAAUAUGGCUCUUUUCGCGAUACUCAACUGGCUGGAAGUGCGGCCUUCACGCGGAUUUCACGGAGCUGACGGCUUGCGUGGGCGGCGAACUGGAUCGGCACGAGGGCUCGGCGGUGCACCGGCGAUACUUCUACAUCACACUGCUCAGAGAACCUGUUGCCAGAUAUUUGUCAGAGUACCGGCACGUGAAGCGCGGGGCCACGUGGAAAGGUUCGAGGCACUGGUGUCAAGGGCGCACGGCUACAGCGGCGGAGGUACCAGCGUGUUACACUGGAGAAUCUUGGCGAGGGGUAACUCUAGAAGAAUUCGCGUCCUGUCCAUGGAACUUAGCGAACAACAGACAGACUCGCAUGUUAGCAGACUUGGCACUGGUUGGCUGUUACAACGGAACUCUACGUCAUAGGACUUCUGAUACGGAGCGAGUACUGCUAGCAUCUGCCAAGCGCAACUUGGCUGCCAUGGCGUACUUCGGGCUCACGGAAUUUCAAAAGAUAUCGCAGUAUGUGUUCGAGGAGACAUUCAACCUGCGGUUCGCGGUGCCGUUCACACAACACAACGCGACGGUGUCUGGCGCCACCCUGGCUGCCCUGUCGCCCACACAGAUCGCCCAUAUCAGACAGCUCAACUCCCUCGACCUUGAGCUCUAUGAGUUUGCCAAGAACCUCAUGUUCAAAAGAUUCGAAGCGCUGAAGAAACGCGACAGUGACUUCGAGUUCCGGUGGCGACAUCUCGGCGAGGUAGCGCCAAGGAGCGGUGUCACUGAAUUCGAUUGGGACAGCAAUUUGGAAGACGCUACAACAGAAAAAUCUAGAGGCAAAUCCGUUAAGUCGAAGAAAGUUUGAGUAUGACGUCGGCGUACACCACAGUGGAGUGAGAGGAACUAUAACAUAUUUGGUGCAUACUUAUCUGUGAGGAUAAUAUGUUAGCCAUUUUGGGUGUUGAUUGUUUGUACCUAUAAAAUCCAACAUUUUCAGUGAAAAUCAGUGGAAGGUAUUUUUCAACUUUCGUUUAUCUUUGUUGCUUAUACCAAGCGUUUGGUAUGCGUAACUUUGAAACAAAACCUAGAUCACUAUUUGAAUCGCAUAAUACACUAGUCAAUCUUUGACAAUACGAGUAUUGAUAUGUUUAACAAUAAUACAUAGUUUUUUGUGAUAAAAGAAACUUCCAGGCACCUAAACUGUAUGUAGCUUGUGUUAACUUGAUUUAUAAAUAUAGCGGCGGCUGAACGAACUAUCAAUAGUGUUUCCGUAUCGGACACGAUCAAUACAUUGGAAGGAAGUGUAAAUAAACUAGGGGGCUGUCAAUAAAAUGUGUACAAUAUAAUUGGGUGAGAGAGCCCGUAAUGUGACAGCAUCUGAUGGAGUGACAAGGGGAAUUGAUAUGUCUCAAAGGGAAAAGGGAAGCAAAAACAAUGUAACCAUACACGUUAAAGUAACAUUUCUCAAGUGAGGGAAAUAACGCUUUGGGGUGGCUCAACAAAAAUAACGAGAAGUAAAUAUCGGCUCCUUAUUAGCAUACAAAUAAUCAUGUUGAGUUGUAGUCCUUAUUUUUAUAGGAAAGUACUUUAAUUAUAAAAAAAAAUUGCAAUCUUUUAUUUCAAAAAGGCCUUGUUAGAGAUUGUUUCGCUCACGUAAUUAUAAAUUAGGUAUAUCUACUUUUAACAAAUUUUGGAACUAUUUUGAAAAUAGAUUGAAUUUGUACCGAACAGACAAACAAGUGCAAGUAAGCGAGUUAAUAAUAACGGGGUAAAAAGGCCAGCCUUUCUUAAAAGAAACUACAAAAUAAAAAUGUCUUUUCCUCCGUCACGCAAAAAGCACUAAAGCAAUUUCAUAGCUCCAGCCUGAUAUAAGCUUUUUAAUAAUGUCUCGAGUCGCGUCAGAGGACGAGUGUCAAUAUUUAAUAUUAAAGGGCGGGGGCCAAAGUGACCUUUGACCUCAAAUUUUUAGAUUAAAGAUUUUUCUGCCCUUUACAAGCUAACAGAAGCAAAAAUAAUACUCUCUGUACAUAAAGCCAGCACCCCGAUUGACUUGUAUCGACCGAGAAAACCCUUCGACGUAUCCAUACAUGUGGUCAAAUAGAAACUAGCUAGGGGAAAGUGGCAUGGUUUUUACCAUUCAAAAUGAUGGUCAAAUAAGGAAUUUCGUAGUAUUUGAAAUAGUGCUGCUGGUAUGCCGUAUUUAUGGUAGAUACAAUAUUUCGUCACUUUUCCUUUAGUUCAAAUUAAUACAAUUUAUUUAUUUCCAUAUGUCCGUUCAAGUUAUAGUAAUUUGUAACACAAAAUAUGAAAACAACUUAAACUAAAGCAGCUCGCGAGUCUGUUCAAUAAAUAAAUAUAUAUACAAUAAAAUAAAGUGAAUAAUUUUCGUAAAUAAAUAAAUACAUAAAUAAGUUUUGGCCUGUUUUGUCUGCCUGUGUACAAUCUCCCUUAUUGUAUUGUAACAGCUCUUAUAGACAGCCCCUCAAUACCUUAUGUAUUUUAAAAUGCCAUUCGCAAAAUAUCAGACUAUUGUCGCGAUAUUGUGACAACACUUGGCAUUUUGAUCGAAGAAUCCGUAAGCCAUUUUCGAACAAAUAUGGGUCAUACUACAAAGGAUAUAAACAUAAAGUAUAGCUUGUUAAACUAAAACAGAGGCGUUCCUUCGGUUGUUCGUGCACAAAUCCUUGACUAAACUGAAUUGACAGGUAUUAGAGUAACUUCAUCCCUUUCCGCAUAACAUUGUAAAAGCUAGAGCGCACCACGGUAAAUUUCCGUACGUUUUUUUCCGCAAAAUUCCGCACGGGAGUUUGAUUGAUUUAAAUCCAAAUUUACGGAUUUUAAAAUGCACCGCAGCUCGCCGCACCGCAGUGCGCGCUCUCUCUAAAAGGAUGGACACUAUUUUUACACCUAUCAAUUUAGUUUAGGCUUAGUGCACACUACAACAGAAUCAGUGCCAGUGUCUUAAACCCCAGUAUAGAUUUAUUUUACCAAAAAUAUCUGUUUAAAUUAAUGUCACAAUCGUAUUUUAGUUUAACAACAAAUAGUUCUUAAUAAUGUUGCGAAUUUUUUUUACUAAAUAAUUUUAAUCAAAGAAAUUGUUCAGAUCUAUUCAUGUACUUUUUUUUUGUCUUUGCGUUGUGUAUAUUUUGGUAGCUAAUAUUAAUUUCCUAAGAGUGAUCUUAAGUUUGUGAAUAUCUAUAUACAAGAUGUGCUUUAAAUCCAUCCCCUUAUUGAAUACUUAUACUAUCUACAUAGUUAAGUUAAAUUAGUUGUUGAGGACUAUUGGGAUGAACGU